UACUAUUUCAUUAGUGACUGAGAAGCAACAGGAACCCUCAAGCCAUGAAGACGUUCUUUCUUCUCACAGCUGUUGUCUUCUUGACCAUCCAGGUCCAGGCUCAGUUUAAUAAAGAAGAGAUGCUGACUCAGGAAGAGGCUAUGACUGAGAACCAGUUUCCUGAACUCCCUUCCAUGGAAGCUGAGAACUCAGAUACAAUGGCCUCAGAUCCUCAGCAAAGAAAGGUCGUGACCUGCUAUUGUAAAUCAAGAUGUGGUCUCUUCCAAAGGCUUUCUGGGUCCUGCCGGAUCAAUGGUAUAACUUACCGACUGUGCUGUCGAUAACUCAAAGAACUUCAUGAACCAAUUUGAGUGUCAUCACUAUUAAACCUUGUAACCCCCUUUCUAUAUCCCAAAUACAACCCUAGCAUCAAGUUCAUGAUAUAAGCCUGGCUGUUGCAUCUCUAUGUGUGUGUGUGUGUGUGUGUGUCCUACAUUUGUUUAUUUCUCCAUAAUUAUCUAUGAAGUUGUGCUGAUUAAGAGGGUGAACAGUAGCUGGUAUAGUGAAUGAUACUCUAGAGUUGUUUCUUAUUUCAUGUAGGGUGCUUGAAUUUUUAAAUAAAGGAUGCUCCCCUCCCCAUACUUACACACCUGCCCCUAAGUUAUC